AGUCUAAAAUUAGACGAUUUCAAAAAUUUUAUUAGACACUUUCACUAUCUCAAAUCAGGCAUUCAAAAAAUUUUUCUGGAUCUUUUCCCUUUUCUUCCUUAGUUAUUUAUAUAUAUUUUACAAUGGAUUUUAUCCAGUAUAAGCCUGAAUUUGAUUAUUAUCCAGAUAGUGAAACGGAUAAUGAGAGAGAUGAAGAUUUGGCAAUGGAUUAUGGCUACAUUCUGCAGUUAACUGACUUGGACUCUUGCCAGUCUGUUUUUGACGUCAAAAUGGAGGAACCAAUUGAGGAGCCGAUGACAGUAGAACCAACAAUGGAAGAAAUCACUACCGAUUUUAAUGCGAUAUCUAUUACAGAGAAUAGCAAGAAGAAGAACAGAUAUGGCCCGGAGCAGGUUCGUGUUUUUAUUGACCUUAUUCAGGAAGAGGGGUUGAGUGUGCCAAAAGCUGCCAAGCAAUGCAUGAUUCCAAGAAGUAGCGCAUACCUUCUACUAAAGGAAUUCAAUGCAGGUAAUGGCGAUGUACUUCCUGGCCAAUCAUUAAAGAAAAAAGCGAACAGAGGUGCACCUGUAAAACUUUUACCUGAACAUACAGAAUUUCUUGUGAAGCUCUUCGAUAAGAAUCCUUCAUCGACUCUUGAAAUGGCUAAAGUGGCACUAUCUGAAAAUUUCGUAGGAUUUACUAUUUCCUUGCCUAGCCUUUGGAAGCACUUAACAGAAUGUUUCCAUUUUUCUUUGAAGCAAGCGUCGAAAUACAAUGCUGAUAGAAACUCUGAAAGAACUCUUGUUUUUCGUCAUGAUAUAGUACGCAAAUGGAGAGAAAGUGGUGUUGACUUUCAGAAAAACUGUGUUUUUAUUGAUGAGGCUGGGUUUCAUACUCAGAUGAUGAGAAGUCGCGCAUGGUCGAAAAAAGGCGAUCCUGCUAUUGUGCAAGUUCACAACAGACGUGGAGCAAAUGUUACAAUUGUCGGCUGUAUUUCUCCUUUUGGGACCAUCAACUUUUCUAAAGUUGAGCCAUUGAAGCGAUCAGAUAUGGAGAAAUUAGAGAAAGAAUUUAAGGAACAUGCAACUAAAAAGAGAAAAGCUAAUGUUUUGGAGAAUUCCAAGUCAAAACCUCUUAAAAAAGGCACAACCGCGUACCAUAUUGUUAAAUUUAUCGAAGCUGUUAUGGAUGUUCUUGAAAGCAUAACAAAAAGGGAAUAUGCUAUUAACAAACGAGGCUACAAGCCUCUUUUUAUGGCUCCAUAUUCUCCAUUUUUGAAUCCAAUUGAAGAAUGCUGGGCUAAAAUUAAAAGUAAUAUCAAACGAAACCCUUUAGACACUAACUCAAAACUCACGCCACGAAUUGUUGAAGCAUGUCAAUCAGUUACUGUUGAGGACUGCAUGGGAUGGAUCAGGCAUGCCGAAGCUUAUUGGGAUAGAUGUAUGAGCAAAGAGUUGAACCUUAAAUAAUAGUAAAGCAAUAAAUUGUCUUCUAGAAAGUAAUCGAUUCUGUCCAGAAACAAAUUCUCAGU